UCAUAAUAGACAAAGACAUCGCCCUGGGAAUGCAGUUGGAGGGGGUCUUGGUGAGGGAAAGACAUGCAACGCAAUACUCCUUUAUUUAGGCGUAGUUACUGUUUACUAGCCCUUCGUGCCCAGCGAGACACCUAACACGCAGUGCCCACCGCCCAGGGCAGGCCAGGAUGUGAAGGCUGAGCUGAAAAAGAGGAGCAGGGGACCGUGAGAGAGCGUGAAAAGAGAGGUGAUCGAGGCAGCAAGAGUUGGCUUGGAUCAGCUGAUGGGGACGUGAGGUGGUGAAGGCCUGGGCCAACGAAUGAUACUGUGGAUAUUGCCUCUUCCUGGGUUACUGUGACGCACCACCAUGCCCCAGAACUUCCAGACAACCUACCAGCCCUUCACGGGGGGGCUGGAGGAGGGAGGGUGUGUCAGUGGGGGUGGGGUCAGCACAAGCAAUAGUGGUGUGGAGGGCAGUGGUGGCCCCUUCAUGGAGGAGGAGAGGGAUGUGGACCUCUCCCCCGACACGCACACCAGUAUGGUUUUCCACGUUGUGCCCAAGUCCAGUAAGUCCAGAUGGAACCACAUAGAAGACCUGGACUCCUUCUUCACGCGUGUUUACCAGUACCACCAAAACCACGGCCUCCUGUGCAUGAUGCUGCAACAGUUAUUUGAGUUACUGCAGUUCAUCUUCAUCAUCGUCUUCACUACGUUCCUCUUCACCUGCGUGGACUACGACAUCCUCUUCAGGAACACCUUCCCCAAGAACUUCAACGUAUCCCAGACAGACAAGAUCACACUCCCCGACACCAUCCGGUCCCACGAUCAGUGCAUGCAGCACUACACGUGGAAGUUAGUGCUGGCCAUAAUCGCUGCGUCGCUCUUCUGGGUGAUGCGCCUCUGCCAUGCCAGCUACAUGUUCUUCCAGUUCUGGGAGAUCAAGCAGUUCUUCAACAACGCCCUUGGCAUCCAAGACCCAGAGCUCGGCAACAUUACCUGGGAGGAGGUGGAGCAGCGGGUCAUGGAGGUGCAGGUUGAGGAGCGCAUGUGCAUCCACAAGGAGGUGCUGACCGAGCUUGACAUCUACCACCGCAUCCUCCGCUUCACCAACUACUUCAUCGCCAUGGUCAACAAGAACAUCAUCCCCCUCAAGCUGGAGCUGCCCUUGGUGGGGAGCAGCGUCUUCCUCACCAAGGGCCUGCGCAUGAACGUUGAGAUGCUCCUCUUCUGGGGUCCAUGGGCACCCUUCAGAAACAACUGGCACCUCCAUGAUGAGUACAAGCGGCCGGAAAAAAGGCAUGAAUUGGCUGAGCGUCUCAACCAGCAGUUUUUGUAUGUUGGGAUAGCCAACUUGGUGCUGUUCCCCCUUGUGCUGCUGUUCCAGAUAAUGUAUUCCUUCUUCUACUACGCCGAGAUGAUCAAGCGGGAGCCAGGCAGCCUAGGGAGCCGCCGCUGGUCGCACUACGGGGAGGUUUACUUGCGUCACUUCAAUGAGCUGGACCAUGAGAUGAGUGCACGGCUGAAUCGUGGAUACCGCGCCGCCUCACAGUACAUGAACAUUUUCUCAUCCCCCGUGAUGGCCGUGGUGGCGCGGCACGUGGCCUUCAUCUGUGGCGCCGUGUUUGCCGUGCUCGCCGCGCUCACUGUGUUCGACGAGGAUGUUCUGCAAGUGGAACACGUCCUGACCAUAAUGACCAUCCUCGGGGCAGUGCUGGCCGGCUGCCGGGUCUUCAUACCGGACGAAAACCUGGUGUUCUGUCCCGAGAUGCUGAUGCGAAGGGUAUUGGCGGAAGUGCAUUACCUCCCUGACCACUGGCGGGAGAAGGCACACACCUCCCGCGUCCGCAAGGAGUUCUCGCAGCUGUUCCAGUACCGCGUUGUGCACAUGGUAGAGGAACUCAUCUCCCCCAUUGUCACCCCAAUCAUCCUAAUCUUUCGCCUCCGCUUCAAGGCUCUCGAUAUAGUGGACUUUUACCGCAACUUCACAGUGGAGGUAGUGGGGGUGGGGGACGUGUGUUCCUUCGCCCAGAUGGACAUCCGGCGACACGGUAGCCCCACCUGGCAGCCGGACCUACUCCUGGAUGACAUGAUGAGUCAACCUGGAGGCUCCCAGAAGCCAGAGAUGGCGACGGAUGGUGGCAAGACAGAACUAUCUCUCCUACAUUUCACCAUGACCAACCCCAAGUGGAAGCCUCCCCAGGAGUCCACGGCCUUCAUCAACGCCCUCCGCACACAGGCACAGCGGGAUAUGAAUGCGCUACCCACCCUACAGGAGGAAAACGCUCUAUUUUCCUCUCUCAAUUCCCUGUCGGGCGGGGCCGGCCUUGGUAUGACCACCACGAGCAUACUGCAGCAGCCACCGUGGGUUGGAGGACAGCUGCAACAGUCCCUCUGGUCUCCCAGGGGCCUCCGAGGUAGAAUGUCUCAAGUGGAGGGCUCCCGCCAUGGCCCCACUGCUGGAGGCAUCCUCUCCUCCCUCCAGCAGUCUAACCUGGGCAGUAGCAUGACGUCUGGUCCGGCAGGGGACCCAGUAAUGGCCCCCAGCACCCUCGGCCCAUCGAGCAUGAUGGGUCGCAGCCUGGCGCCUCCCUCAACCCUGCCUCAGGACCUCACCACGGUGGACAUGAGCCUCAGCACCCUGUACCUGCAUGAGCUGCACCAGCGGCACCGCCACCGCCACAGCUACUCCGACGCGCCGCAUCAACCUAACUCUGGGCCGCAGGGUCCGCCUGGUGGGGUGUUCACUCCGCACCCCUCCCACCCUCAGGAGCCGCCGGUUGUGUCCUUUCAGCGGGCGCAGGAAAAGACUCCCCUUCUUGGCGAGCCGUGAGGAGUAGGACUGUGUCAGCCUCAGUGUUGCCACUUGACAUACUUAACAGUAAGGGUCGAACGAGGUGGUGCCGCCAGCCGCUGGUGGGCUCGGUGUGGCGGCGUGCUGCCCCUGUUGUGUUUGCUGUGCUGUGCCGUGCUGUGCCCGCUCACUAGCCCCGCGCAACCUAACGUGCUAGUCCACCACUGUUUGAUUCAUUACGACAUAAUUAUGUUUGUAGGUGUAGUUUGAACCUUACCCCGUGACAGCUCCUUGUAACCGACAAAGUACGGCAAUGAGAAUUAAGAAUUUUAUUGUGUAUAAAGUGUAUCAUAAUUAAGAAUUUUGUAUUUUCUUAAAAAGUUUAUUGGAUCGUGAUUUCUGUGCAUCGACGAGUGAAUGAACCGCGCAUUCACUGCCCCUUCCCAUGCAGUGCUUUACGCAAUAAAGCAACUUUCCUUUGUACAUAGUUUGAAUAAAUAAGUUGUAACUAAA